AUGCAAGCAGACAAGAUUAUUGAUCAUAUUGUUAAAUGGUUAAAAGAUUAUGCAGUACAAAAUUCAGGCAUUCAAGUUUUUACAGCUAUUCUUUAUUAUUUUGCUCAAUUAAAUGGAUAUCUUGUAGAUGCUAAUGUAAAUAAGGUGGAGGAUUAUAGUAUUGGUUAUUUUACUAAAUACGGAAAUGGUCGAGUCGAUAUAAAUCCAAUUGAUGAUCUUCUUAAAUCUGAAGUUCGUGCAUUAGCUCGUGAAUUAGGUAUAGAUCAAUCUAUUAUUAAUGCACAACCAACUGAUAGUUCUUUAUGA